AUGGCCGCCCCGGCCUCAUCGGCGUACGCCUUUCACCAUCGCUUCGACGCCGUCCCGGCCAAGGACGCUUCUGUUGCCGCCAGCGCCACCCCGAACGGUGCCGACGUCCCAUCGGCGGCUCGCUCCAGCGCCGACAACUACUCCUAUCCUGACCUCGAUGCAGGCCAGUUCUACUCUUCCUCGGCAGCCCACUCUUCCACCGCCGCGCCCGCUCCCAACGUCCUCCCCGACUUUCCAGAGUUCAAAGGCUUCGACUCCAAGUCGGAUCUUUUCCAGACCAACAAUUUCUUCCAGCAGUACUCGGCCCAGCCCACUGCCAAUGCCGCACUCGUAGAGCCAAAGUCGGCGCAGAUCGAGGAAAGCUCCUCCUCCGACCAGCUUCACGCACAGCCCGCCGUCGAGCCCAGCAGCCAGCCUGAAACAGCCCCUCGCACCUCCCGCGACGCUGCACCCCAUCCCGCUGCGCCUCAACCGCCGCUCGACCAGGACGAACCUUCCUACCAGCCCCAACUCGAGCGUCACUUCUCCUCGGCAAGCUCUUACGUACAGCACCCCUCGUUGCACGCCGACGGACCCGCUUCUUCUCCACAAGCACCGCCCGUGGUCCAGCGCAGCCCUCUCCCAAAACCGCCUUCGAUGCCUGCCUCGCCCCCCGUCCACCACACCACCAACUCUCUUUCGCACGACUCUCAACCUCAAAGUCCCCCCAAACCAGCGCAUCCAUCCCAACCUGCCUCCGCUUUCACAUUCCCUCCGCAGCCUCCAGCAUCCGCCCAAGCGCCGCAACAGCCCGCACGUACGCAAGAUCCCAACACUCUGCCAGUUAACGGCCUCCGUCUCAACGAUGACCAGUCUGCGCAUCAGCCCGCCGCAUCAAAUCGCGACGACAAUUUCUUUGGCAUGCAGCGUCCCGCGGCUGCCCUCAGCCCCACAGGUCAGCCCUUGGCCGGGCCUCCCCCCAUGCUCGCCGACGACGACGGUUUCUACCAAGAUCAGCAGCAUCUCAACCAAGCCAAUGCCUCCAGCCAGCCUGCCCCGCGCAUCCACGACCCCACCAACCAGCCACCUCGUCCUUCCUCCUUCUUUGGCGUCGAGGGCGACUCGGCCUCCAGCUUGCCCUCCAGCGCCAUUGUCGCCCCCUCUCCCGUAGGCGAGGCCAGCUUGCCAGGAACGCGCGGCUCCUCCUUGCAUCGCAGCGAAGCUUCCAUCCCACGCGGCAUCUCCACCGCUGCCGGAGGCACGGGCAACGCACCCAUGCCCACAUCUGGAGGCUUCGGCGGCCUCGGCCCCGCAGGCGCCAACCGCCCCGCCAGCAUCGCGCCCUCCGUCGCAAGUGGCCCACUCCUCGAUCACAGCCACCUGCGCGUCGGCCGAAAAGCUUCGUUGCUCAGCCACGGUAAGACGCUCGAGCUCUACCGCCAGAACGCAAAGAAGACCAACGACCCCAACCUCAUCUACGAGCUCGCCGUCUUCAUGAUCGAUGCUGCCAAGACCAUGGGCACCGACGACGAUGCCAACGGCCCCGUCGCUGCCGUCAACGGUCCCAACAAGCUCGACACCGAGAAGGCCGAGCUCAUUAAGGAGGCCACCGGCCUGCUCAAGAAGAUCGCCGACCGCGGACACCCUGACGCGCAGUACUUCCUCGCCGACUGCUACGCCAACGGCAUCGGCACCCGCACGGGCAAGCAGGACUUUGGUCAGGCCUACACCUACUUUGUCCUCGCCGCCAAGCACGGCCACCCCGACGCCGCCUACCGUGCCGGCACCUGCUACGAGAAGGGCUGGGGAUGCCGCAAGGACGCUGGCAAGGCGCUUCAGUUCUACCGCAAAUCGGCCGCGCAGAGCCACCCGGGUGCCAUGUACCGACUCGCCACCGCCGAGCUCAACGGCGAGCUCGGCCUCAAGAAGAACGCAAAGGAAGGCGUCAAGUGGCUCAAGCGUUCCGCCGAGGCCGCCACGCCCGAGUUCCCGCACGCGCUGCACGAGCUCGCGCUGCUGCACGAGCGCGGAAUCGACAAUGUGCUCUUUGUCGAUCCCGAGUACAGCUGCGAGCUCCUGGCCCAGGCGGGCGAGAUGGGCUAUGCACCGAGCGCCUACAAGCUCGGCGUCAACUACGAGUACGGCCGCAUGGGCUGCCCGCAGGACGGCGGCCUCAGCAUCCACAUGUACAACAUCGCGGCGCAGCAGAACCACAAGGAGGCGUGCUUUGCACUCACCGCCUGGUACCUCGUGGGCGCGCCCGGCAUCCUGCCUCAGUCCGACACCGAAGCCUACCUGUGGGCCAAGAAGGCCGCCGAGCAAGGCCUCGCCAAGGCCGAGUACGCCGUGGGCUACUUUACCGAGAUGGGCAUCGGCACCACCAAGGAUCUUGGUGAGGCGAGGGCGUGGUACAAGCGAGCCGCCGACCACGGCGACAAGCGAGCCAACCAGCGCAUCGCCGCGCUCCAGGGACGCGGCGGCCCCACGGGCGGCCCCACAGGCAUGGCGGGCGUGGGCUCGCAGAAGCGACAAGGCCAGCAGCAGCAGCGGCUGGAGAUGAGGCAGGAGCAGCUCGAAAGCAUGAACGAGUUUGGCCGACGCGCCCAGCCCACCUCGGCGCCCUUCCCGGCGAGCGUGACGCAGAGCUCAAUGACGCCAAGCACGCAGAUGAACUAUCCGUCGCCCAUCGCCAUGCGAGAGGCGCAGACGGCGCAGCGCGAACAGCAGUACAUGGCCAACGUGGCGGCGCAGGAGCGCGCCCAAGCGCGUGCCAUGCUGCAGCACUCGCCCUCGCCAAACGAGCUCGGCUCGCCUGUCUCUGGCUCGCCCAACAUGGGUCUGCCGCGUCCCCCGCCCAUGCCGUACAGCCAACACGGUCCACCGCAGCCCAUGCGCCAGGGGUCCAACUCGUCGCAGCCCCCUGCGCCGUUUUCGCAGCCGCAGGCGUACCCGUCGUAUCCGAUGAGCGCGAGCACCGCUCCGCCGCCUCCGCCACCGGGCUCGUCGAUGGGCGGCAGCGCUGUGUUCCCGCCAGGUGGAGCGCCGCACUACCAGGCUCGACCGGGCAUGGGCAUGGGCCCGGGCCCGGGCUACGGCGGACCGGGAGGACCCGGUGGACCCGGUGGACCCGGUGGACCACCUGGACCCGGCUUCGCUGGCGCUCCUGUGGGACCCAGUGCGCCGGCCAAGGCGGAUCUGGGCAAUGACGACGAGGGCAAGAAGAAGAAGAAAGGCUGGUUCGGCCGAUCGUGA